CCAUAGAUUUAAUAAAGUUUUUAUUUCACACUACUAUCUGUCUCUCUGUCAUUUCUCGACUAGCCAAUCGAAUGCAAGGAAAGUCAAAGUCCAUGUUCAGCCACACAGUUUAGUUCUGAUAGGUAGUGGUUUUCUGUUGAUCUAGAAAGUAAAUUUGUGUUUGUGUUAUAUGUCUAAAACGUAGAUCGUCAUAUCAUAUAUACGUACGAUAACUUAAAUAUACCAAAUAGAUUCUAUUUAAGUAAAUUUAUGGUACAAAUAAAUAAAGCAAUUUCUUAAAAUAAUCUUCAAAAGUAAUCGAAACAAGUGCCUAACAUUUUCUGUCUUUUGUUAUUUAUAUAUUGUCAUUGAGUAGUGUUCGUCGAGCGUUUAAUGUUUUCCGCGGGUCUUGCAAUGGUCCGAGCUGUUUUCUAGCAUCGUCCAGUACUGUACAACAUUUUGCAUGAGGUCACGACGGCGGUGUGGUGUACGCAUGGAAGCCCGGCGGACUGGUGACCCCGCGCUGCACAAGUUGCGCGCGAAGUUUCGCCGUGCGUUGCCGGGAUGGACCGCGUACGCGUCUCGCCGCCGUCGGAUCGCGCGCACCCUCGGCCGCUCCAAGGAGGAUCCCGCGGAACCUUUGACUCCCCUCCCGCGGAGACCUUAAACGAACCAGAGACUCCGCGGCCCGCGCCGCGCGCGCUCCCCUCUAUCCCCGAGAGCGAGCCCUUGCUCCGUGAUCCGCUUAGUGUCAGUGAUGUGCCGCGUAGAGCCGGUCGUCCGCUGCACGUGCAGUUUGACGCGCAAUCACCGCCCGUGCCGGUGUCCGUCAGCGGCUCCAGUUCCAGUUCCAGCUCCGAUGAUGAGGACGUUUCGAUCACUGAAGCUAGGCCCCCUGACGGUGGCUGGGGUUGGGUCGUUGUCUUUGCCUCGUUCAUGGUUAACCUCAUCGCCGAUGGCAUCACGUUUAGCUUUGGCGUGUUUUUCCCACAUUUUUUGGAGUACUUCGGUGAAGGCAAGGGAAAAACCGCAUGGAUCGCUGGUAUUUUUAUGGCGAUGCCGCUGCUCUCGGGACCUAUCGCAAGUUUUCUAACAGAUAGAUAUGGUUGCCGUCGAAUGACCAUAUUUGGUUCAAUUCUAGCGUUUCUAGGUUUCGUCAUUUCGGCUUUCGUAGAUAAUAUGGAGACACUCUUUCUUACAUUCGGUAUCAUGGCUGGUUUUGGACUGAGUUUAUGUUACGUGGCGGCCGUAGUUAUUGUCGCUUAUUAUUUUGAAAAGAAACGGUCACUCGCAACCGGGAUCUCUGUGUGUGGAAGUGGAAUUGGCACCUUUAUAUUUGCACCGUUGACAUACAUCUUAUUAGAUGAAUAUGGGUGGCGUGGAACUACGUUAAUACUAGCGGGAUUUUUCUUAAAUAUGGCCGUAUGUGGUCUGUUAUUCCGCGAUUUGCCAUGGACGGCUACGAUGAACGAAGAAAGAGCAAAAGAGAGAAAAAGAAGAAGAGAGAGAAAACGGAACAAACGUUUCGGCUCUGUAGCUGCAUCUGUAGAUAGCGUUUCAGAUACGAAAAGCAGUGCAGCCGGUUCGAUGAAAGUGAACGAUUUAGAAGAUAUAGAGGCAGUUACUUCGUCAGUUGUUCCGCAAUUCAGUUCUUUAGUAGACCUGCCGACAUUCAUGACCGGAGGAGAGGGAGUUUCGUUAGAAGUAUUUGAAUUAAUGUCAAACAGAGGUCGUGCUUAUGCUCUCUUAGCACAAAAUUAUCCAGGUGUGAUGCUACCGUCGAGAAGUUUUAGUGAUAGUGGACGGCUACACGAACAAUCACCACCUAAAGCGUUGAUGUCACCAGGAAUCAAUACUCCUGGAACUCUAUCACCGUCAUCUUUACCGAGUGCUCAGGGAUCAAGUACAACAAGAGCACCUAUAAACGAAAAGGCAGCUAUGUCCCUGUGGUUAAAAAGACAGGGGUCUGGGUCGACGAAGAAGCCACCCGCUUUUCUUAAAGAUCUAAGGAUACAUAGACAUUCAUUAACAUAUAGAGGCGCUAUGCUUAAUAUUAAUCGAUAUAGAUUACGUGCCUCUUCCUGUCCUAAUAUAUUCAGAAACUCUAUGACGACUAUUGCCAAAGGAAAGGUGCAAUGGUAUGCAGGCCUUUGGGACUUUUGGGAUUUGGUAGUUGACGUUCUGGACUUCUCACACUUCCGCAACCCCGCCUUUCUCAUGUUCGCUAUGUCCAACUUUCUGCUUUACAUGUGGUACGAUGUACCUUACGUGUAUAUAGCAGACAAUGGUCUGAACAUGGGUUUCAAUGAAUCGCAAGCAUCGAUGCUGAUAUCCAUUAUCGGCAUUGUUAAUAUGUUUGGAGAGAUAUUCCUAGGAUGGGUGGGUGACUGGAAGUGCGCGAACCCUAGCCUCGUGUAUGCAGUCUGUAUGAUCCUGUGUGGAGUGGUGACCUUCAUCAUGCCGCUUCUUAGUAGUUAUUUCGGACUCGCCGCCGCUUCCGGUGGUUUUGGUGCCUUUAUCGCUGCAAACUAUUCUCUUACGAGCAUUAUCCUUGUAGAACAGAUAACGCUGGAAAAGUUCACGAAUGCGUAUGGAUUGUUGCUACUUAUCCAAGGUCUGGCUAACCUUGUUGGACCUCCUUUGGCUGGUUGGGUCUACGACAUCACUGACUCUUAUGAUUUGUCAUUCUACUUAGCCGGUGUUUUUAUCGGAAUAUCGGGUAUAAUACUGUUUUUUAUGCCUAUAUACAAUCAAAUAAGGCAAUACAACUCUCUUCGCAAGAGAAAGCCACCAAAUAAUGAGACGCAAGCGAACGGCGAGGCGAAACAGAACGGUAAACUUGUUUUGUAGACUAGAUUAUUUUUUUUAAAUUAAUCAGGAAAUUAUGUGAUUCAAAAUUAAUAAUAUCAUUUGGAGAUUAUGGUUUAGAAAUUGUACACGUACCAAACGUAAGAUAAUUUAUAGAUUGGUGUGAGGACGAUAAAGCAAAAUAAUAUUUUGAAGUGUAUGACUCAAUUGAUUGAAACGAAUGUAUAACUAACAGACCAAUGUAUCACCAAUGUUCUUAACUGAAUAGUAUGCUAGAAAAUAUAAGGAAUGUAGCGAUUGUGAUGAAGAACUUCUAGCAGACAUUAAAAAAAAGUAUAUAAUUAUAAUUAUCACACACAUUAUACAAUUAAAAUAUAAUCUUUAUUAUAUAUAAAUAAUUGAAACAGAUACCUAUUAACUUCGCUUUAUUAGAAUAACAUUACAAAUUGUAUUUAGUAUGAUAAUAAAUAAAGUUUAAAAGUUAUUCGCGAUUCAGCGAUCAAAUAUAUAAUAACAUUCGCGAUGUGUCCGAAGCAUAAAAUAACAGCAGUGACGUAGUUUGAACGAGGAACGGAAUUCACCCGCUUUCCGGUACAAAAGCUGGUGCAUGUGAAAAAUUGAAUCAAUUUUAAUAUAUGCUUGCCUAGAAGUCGUGUCGCCCGGACAUACUCCGAUGAAGGACCAUCGUUCCUUUUACCAGAAAUCAUUGUUGACUAUGCACGUGUUAAUAAUCACACAGUUAUAUUUAUUUCAAUGAUGAACCUAGUAUUUUAUUUUGAAAGGAUACGCAUGAAAUAUUACCUUUAUAAUUAAAUAAGUAAGGCCGUCUCGUAAGAAACCAAUGGGAAAUAUAGUUUUAAAUAAUUAGCUUUAAGUACACGAUUAACGAUUCUUUCAAAGUAUUCUAAAUAUUAACCGAGUGGACUUGAUAAAUUUUAAUACUAUAGAAAUGUAUAGAAAUCGAUUAGGAUUGUUGGUAUUAGAAUCGCAAUCAAUGUUUAAUAGCUUCGUAGAGUUUGAAAUUUUUGAAAUAGUGCUUCUAAGGUUGGAAUUAUUAGAAUGUCCACGAAGUAAUUUAAGUAAUUAGAUUAGGUGGGAAAGGAAAGUCACAGAUAAGAUAGACAUGGACAGUCAUAGAUUUGAAUUUCGAACGACAAAUUAUAUUCAUAAAUCAAAAACAUACAGCAAUACUGAUUAAUAUUUCUUUUUGGCUGUUUAGUGUAACACUGUUUUCGCUCUUUCUGUCAUUACUGAUUUGAUAUUCGAAAGAAGAAGACAGUAUUAUUCACCUAAUCAUCUGCUAAGCAACGUUUAUGAGUAAAGUCGAAUAAUAUUGUAUUCGUGUUUCAUAUAAACUAAAGUAAAAUUUUUGAUAACGGUUAAAUCUAGUUAUCGUACAUUUGAGUUAUAAAUUUAUAAUUCUGGUAUAAUCAUUUCAGUUACCGUUUUAUAAAAUGAAGUAUCAUGUCAGAUGUAGAUAAUAUUGAUAUACUUAAAUACCAAAUACAUGUCUAAAGUGACCGUCUCGAUUUUACGUUAUGUCCCAUUUUCCAUGAAAACUGACUUAUUAAAAAAAAAAAAACAUUUGAAAAAAACGGCUUCAUAAUAGUUGUGAUAUAUAAAGCAUAAAACGCUGAAGUUUCUGAAGAUGUAUAUAUAUCUAUCAUGACGGGAUAAGUAAUAACGUUCCGUUUUGAGUAAAUAAAUUGUCACCUAUAUACAUGUAUCAUAUUAGGAAGAAUAUAUAAAACAGGACACAAUUGUGAUUAAAAUGCCUAAAAAUUUAUAAUUAAAUUAUAAAUCAUUUUUUAUAUUUUAAUAAAAAUAUUAGUCGUUGACAUGAUAUUUUUUUUUUAAUUACGAGACGAAGGUUAAAUAAGAAUGCUGGAUUAGGAAUGUUUUAAUUGAUCUGAUACAUAUUACUAAAGGUAUUAAAUAAGUAAUACAUAAAUUGAGAUAUGAAAGAAACAAUAAGUGAGAAUAUAUAGAGAAGAAAUAACAAUAUAUACAUACAUUUAUAUAUAUAUAUAUAUAAUAAUAUAUUUAAAUAUAUUUUAUCCUUUAAAAUAUUUUUCAAUGGAGUUUUGGUGUAAUAAUUUAUAUUGUCAUUUAUAAGCAAUAUAGUGAGCUGUUAGAGUUUUUUGAUAUAUUAAAUAUUGAUGAUGACCGUUUAAUUAGGUGAAUUCUAAACAUACCAAAGACUGCCCGAUCCACCACGAAACAAUUUGGUGACAAUUGACAAAGAUCAUCCAUUAGUAGUCUUUGACAUAUAAAUAAUAUGAAUAUGCUUAAUGUAACGAAAAAAUCGCAAUCAGGAAAUGUAGUUGUAAGUUAAUGUUGCAAAUUAUGGCAAGAUUGAGGCAAUUUUUUAACAUAGUUCUUAUAGUAUUUUAUAAAUUUAGAUGAUCGAAUAAUCGUAGAAUUAAAGGGAACGAAUGGCAAAUCAAAAAAAAGGUUUUUAUGUAUAAAUAUUAAUUUUGUCUUCGUGUAGACAUAGAUUUUAAAAUUUAAAGCAUUUUGAACUAUCGCGGUUUUUUUAUUAGCUCUAGAAAGCUUAAAGAUAUUUACUAUCACUCCUAGGUAAGUUCGUAUUUGCCACGUUCUUUAAAAAAAAAAACGUUUUUGGUAUCGAAUUCGAAAACAUUAUUUUAACUUUUUAUUAUACAUGCAACGUCAUAUGCGCUUACAAAUCAAUUUUUUUUUUUUUUAUUACAAUUUUAUUGAAUUAUUUAAAUCUGAAUUUAUUUCAUUAUGAAAAAAUUAACACACUUUGUUUGUUCAUCGUUUUUACACAAUUCGUUACAAAGGAUGGCAACAUUUAAAUCUCACAUGAAACAAGUCAAAAAAUGUUGACAAUGUAAUAUGGGACAUUUAGCCACUAUUUUAUUUCCUACCUAAAGAUAGAAAAUCUAUUGUAAUAGAUUCAAUAAUUGCUGUCUAUGAUUCGAAUACUUUUUCAAUUGCUUUUGUUUCUUAAAUUCAUCAUAAUUAAAUUAAAAGAAAAUAAUGAUAAUUUCUGACAUAACUUUUCAUCAAGCAUUUAAUUCUUACUACAAUAUUUAUUGGAACAUUUAAAAUAUUAUUGCUAAUGUAAAGGUACUAAUUAGUCUCCCAAGUUAUUGUAAAUUAAACCAUUUUAUUAGAAUUUCCUAUUUAAUAUAAUAAAAACUCUUUGUAUUUUUAAUAAUCCAAUGUCAAUAUUUAAUCUGUUUUAUCUUGUAACACUUUACAGUUAAUAGAGAACAUAUGUUUAAUAUCCAUAUUAGUAAUACUUAAAUUGUUUUUAUGUUCGAAAUGUUUUUAGAAAUAUAAAAAUAAAUCUGUUUUAUAUGUGUGCAAAGGUAUGACAUAUUGUUCGAUUUAAAUAUGAAAAGUUAAAAUACGCUCUACAUCUCUGCACACUAGUACCUGCGUGUAUGUAUGAUUGUGUGUUGAGACGUAACGUGUGUGACGUCAUGCAAAUGUUGGGAAAAAGGCCUUAUUUGACAUAUUUACCUUAACUUAAGAAAUUUGAACGAUCGAUAAAAUUUGUAUUUAGGCGACUUAUUGACACUUACAGGAACCCCAACCAUACAAUAUGUGAUACGUUUAGAAAUGUGUUUGUCAGUAAUUUAAAAUCUUGCCGGACACUAUUAGACUCCGAUAUCUUGUCAAAUUGACGUCACAGUGACAGGCAGAAAAGGCAGAAGUAAUAACUGUAUUAUAAGUUCAAUGUGUAAUAAAAAUAUUCCAGCAAAUGUAAUGUAAUAAUACGAAAGAAAUCCAAUAAUAAUAUUACUAUAUAUAACUAUGUCUACCACUGCUCCACGCGGUUUCACCCCUGUUAAACUCCUCCCUUUUGGAUCGUAGUGUGACAUUAUAUAGGCUAGAAAUUUUCAAAAUGAACGGGCUAUAUAAAUCAAAACGAUUACCCUAAAUUCGACCGGUAUCAGCUUUGCGCUUACAAACAAAAAAAAAACAGAUUAAUUAUUAUAAUCUUUUUUUUUAUUAUAUUUUAUUUAUUUAUGUUUAAUUUAUGUAACAAGAUAACGGAGUCAACUUAUGAUCGUGUAAUCGUAUAAUGGAUUUUUUAAUCUGUACUGUAAUUACAGUUUCAUAGAAUAAGUACAAAAUAAAAUUAGAUCUAAAGCAAAAUAAAAUAAGAUUCAUAAUGUUUCAACAUUACACCGUCAAACUCGCAAGGUAUGUUCAUUCAAAAAAAAAAAAAAUACUCGAAAACGUCUAAAAUGUUUAGUAUACUAUUAAAGUGAAAUUAAGCAUUUCAAUUCAAUUUUUACGAUUUUAACAUUAAACUUUCGAAUAUGAAUGUUAUAUAAUAUCACGUGUUAUCGAAGAUCGACCAUUUUUCUGAAUUAAAUGUUUUGUGCGCAUCAAUAGUUCCAUAGUUUUUGAUUUAUAUAAGUUACAUUAUUCUUCAUUUUAUAAUUAAUACUAUAUAAAAAAUUGACUUUAUAAAUGUUUGACAAUUUCAAAUGUUCACGUAUUAUGUUUAUAUGUAUGAGAAUGGGAAUAAUUUAUUAUUCUAUUCUCACAAUUUAUGAGAAUAGUUAACUUAUGCAGGCUUUUGAUGUAUCAGUGUUAUGUCUUGAUUUAAAACCUAUAAUUUAAUUAAGAUAAUUGUUUGUCAAUUUACACUAAUUUAUACAGCGUGUUUUAAAUAGUUUCGGUAUAAAGUUAUUUAUAAGUGAAUACUGUUUUAUAUUAAGCUGUACGGUUGCGUUCAAGUAUUAUGUAAAUGAGAGUAUCAGUGAUAUCCCACCCUAAAUGAAAAUGCAGAACAAUUGUUUAUUUAUUAGAAGUAACAGCUUAUAAUGAAAUAACUCGGUAGAAUUAAUAAUAUAAAUAGUUAUUUUAUUUAAAAAUAUAUAACAGCCAAAGUAAAAAUAUAACUAUAUAUGUUAUUUCCUUAUACCUACUUACAUUAUACUUUAACGCUCCCUAGGAUAUAAAUUAUCGAUAUUUUUCUUAAGCUUCGGUCAUACUUGUGUGAAAGAGGUUUAAGGGAGAAGUAUGCCCUUAGCUUUAAAGGUCUCACGUAUCAGACUUACUCGCUUCGCUCGGUUAGCUGUGUACGUUCCUAAGCUUGGAAUUAUACUUUUACUUUUUUUAUCUUAAGUUAUGCGAAAUGUUCUAGCUUAUUAAACAAAUUGAUUUCGACUAAUAAGUAAAAAUAUUUACGUAUUUUGAAACAUAACUCAGAAAUGCAUGUUGCAUGUACAUGUUGUAUAUUUUGUUUGUAUCAUUUUCAAAGCGCUAUGGCGAUGCCAAUACGAAACGGGUAUAUGAAUGUAUUAUGUAUAUUGUUGCACUUAAAUAUUGUGUGUGCGUUUAGUAAAUUUAUCUCUGAAA